UUUACAGCUAGCUGCUUUACUCCGAAGCACAAAUACUAUCAACAUGGACGCGGACGUGAGCAAGUCGGGAACAGUCGUGUUAGCCUAGCGUGCUCGCGCAACGCUCGUUAAUUAACGAGCUUGUUGCUCAGGUCUAAUCCGCGUUAGCUCGCGCGCACGAGUUUUAUUUUGAAAGUCCGUAACGCUCGUCCCGCAGUUCGGAUGCGCUGCACGCGAUAAUGGAGAUGGCUGUUAAGGGAAAAGCCAAAAGGAGACACCUGACCGCGGGGGAGUGUGAGGACCUGGGGCAAAGCGCCCAGGGCACUAAUACCCUCACCCGACCCCACACCCGACCGGUCACUGGCAACCCCACCCGGGGGCUUCACCCCAGGACACCCACCAAGCGGCGGAAGUGUGCAUCUGCCUCAGGAAGUGUCGCCGGGCAACAGAAGGGCAUCGACAAAUUCUUCUCCGUGACGGGAGUCCUCAGUUCCAGUCCGCACAAAUCCCCCCGGCCCGGCUCGUCCACACGGACACACGGACUCAACGGGAGGCUUUUCUCUGAUGAAGAGCCGGGGUUAGGAGAGGAAGAGGAGGAUGACGAUGAUGUCAGCCUGUUGGCAGCACUCCCUGAAGAAGAGGAGGAGGUUGGCGAAAGCCUUUUAGCUGCAGAGUUGUUGCCAAAGGAGGAGGACGUGGAUCACCUGGAGGGAAUCACAGCGGAGAUGUUCGGAGACGAUGAUGACUUCGACCGAUGUGACGGUGACCUUUGCGACCCGGAGGGCGAAGCGGAGGCCCUGCCUGACUCCCACUACGGGCUCCUGGGGAGCAGGAAGGUCUUGCUGGAGCCCCAGGGCUGCGUGGAUGACCUUCCAGAGGAGGUGCUGAGGCAAGUUCUGUGCCUGGUCCCGGCCAAGGACCUCUACCGCAGCGUCAGCCGCGUGUGCCACCACUGGAGGAACAUCGUCCAGGACGCAAAGUUCGUUCCCUUCAAGAAAAAAUAUCCGCUACAUGAUGAGGAGUCGGAGACGGUGCGGGAGGUCUGCUCCGCCCUGAGGGACAGCGGCAUCACCGAUCCAGCGGCAUCGCAGCUCAGCAUACGGUCCCUCGUGAUUUUAAUGUCCCAGCAUGCGGUCGGAGAGCGGGCGAGGCCGGAGGACGUCCUGGAGCGCGUCAAGAAACAUCGGCUCUUCCCUCAGGCCGAGGCCUCCAUCAGAUUACGUAUUCCUGAUAUUCAGAAGUCGUACAACCUCGGAAACGAGGGCCCCAACCCGUACGCGGCCAUGGCGGUCAUAUUGAUCCUGAGCGAGGGCGUCGGUGACGUGCAGGCGUUGGUGUCUCUGCUCGCCGGCUGCCUGUCGAGCACCGCCAUCACGGAGUACCUCGGCCACAUGGCCACCAUGUUCCUCGCCUUGAAGAGGAGCAACAUCAAGACGAGUAGCCGGUUGCAUUACAACAUCUACUACGUACUUCACCUGAUGGAGAACGGCCCCUUCUCGGUGCACUCCGGGCAGAGCCAGCAGCCUCAGAUUCAGCUCACAGGGGAGCAGCAGCAGAUCCUCAGCCACGACGUCCAGCAGGACCAUGUGGUCAAGAUCGUGGCUUUUGCAGGUACGGGGAAGACCACCACGCUGGUGAAGUACGCCCAGCAGCGGCCUCACCUCCGCUUCCUGUACCUCGCCUUCAACAAGUCGGUGGCCAGCGAGGCGCAGCGGCGUUUCCCCAGCAACGUGGCCUGCAAGACGAUCCACGCUCUGGCCUUCGCCGACGUCGGGAGGAGGUAUAAUUUCUGCCGGAAGCUGACCAGCAACCUGAAGCCGUUCGCCAUCAGCUCCGUCCUGCCGCAGGGCCGCGGCGGCUUCGCCCGGGCCAAGGUGGUCGCCUCCACGCUCAACGCCUUCAUGGCGUCGCCCGACGACGCCAUCGCCAUCCGACACGUGCCCGUCUCCCGCAAGGUCGGGAACAGAGAGGUGGUCAUCAUUGAGCAGCCCGACAGACAGCUCGUUGUGCUGGAGGCUCAGAAGAUCUGGAGCAAGAUGAGAGAACUCCACGAAACCAAGAUCGACGCCCACUUCAUGACCCACGAUGGUUACCUGAAGCUGUGGCAGCUCCAGGUGCCGAAGCCCUGCCUGUCCCACAUGUACGACGUGCUGUUCAUCGACGAGGCCCAGGACUGCAGCCCGGUCAUCCUGGAUGUGCUCCUGUCCCAGCGAUGUGGGAAGAUCCUGGUUGGAGAUCCUCAUCAGCAGAUCUACACCUUCAGAGGAGCCGUCAACGCACUCGACAUCGCUGAACACACACACAUCUUCUACCUGACGCAGAGCUUCCGGUUCGGGGCGGAGAUCGCCUACGUGGGCGCCACCGUCCUGCAGGUGUGCAAAGGCGUGCAGAAGAUCCUCGUGGGCGGGAAACAGAAAGGCGGCGUGUGUGACGAGGCCGCGGACGAGGUCGGCGCGGCGCUGUCGGCGGGCGUCAGCCUUUCCCCGGGGAAGACGGCCAUCUUGUCGCGGUGCAACAUCAGCGUCUUCAGCGAAGCCGUCCGGCUCACCGACGCCAACCCGCUGUGCCGGAUCCACUUCGUGGGGGGCGUCUACGGCAUCGGCCUGAACCGGAUCCUGGACAUCUGGCAUCUGAUGGAGGGUUCUGGAUGCAUCAGGGAUCCGUUGAUCCGCUGCUUCUCCAAGAAGAAGCCCAAUGCAUUCUGGGCCUUGAAGAGGUACGUGGAGCAGACCGAGGACCUGGAGCUGGAGGCCAAACUCAACAUCGUGGAGAAAUACGGAAAGCGGAUCCCCGAGCUGUCCAAGCGGCUGGAGAGGUGCUUCGAAGAGGACUUCCACCGAGCCGACUUCAUCCUGGGAACUGUGCACAAGGCCAAAGGCCUGGAGUUCGACACCGUGAUGGUCACCGACGACUUCGCCAAGAUCCCCACCUCCGAGAACAACCGGCCCUUCUCCUUCAGCAACGUCCCGGACGACGAGUGGAACCUGCUGUACGUGGCGGUGACUCGUGCCAGGAGCUCUCUGAUCAUCACCGAGUCCAUCCGCCGCAUCCUCGCCGUGGCCGGGGAACACUUCCUGAAGUCGGAGAUGCCCAGCACCGUGGCGGCGGCUGGCGAUCCGCUGCCGUGCUGCGUCUCCAACUGCCCCAACUGCACCACGCCCGGCUCGGCGUUCAUCAUGUUCAAACGGCAGCUGAAAUGCUCCGACGGCGUGUCCGAGGGCGGCCCGCUGUGCGAGAGGUGUGUGUGGCGGCGCAUCGGGUCGACGGCCUUCCUCAUGACCGACGACGUGCUCUCCAUGGCUGAAAUGCCGCGAAUACUCGGCGAGGAGGACCACCACAUGCUCAUGGCGCUCUUCUAGCGCCGCUCGUCUUCAAGGACGAAGAAACCAUCUUCUUGUGUGCGUUGAUGGCGUGAAAGGACUUCGAAUAAUGGAACGCCAGAUUACACGGAAACGGACUGAAAACCGUGUGUGUGUGUGUGUGUGUGUGAGAGAGUAAGACUGUGUGUAUAGGAGUAAGAAGUGGGCAGACGAAGAGUGUGUGUGUGUGUGAGAGAGAGUAAGAGUAAGAGUGUGUGAGAGAGAGUGUGUUUGUGAGAGAGAGAGUAAGUGUGUGAGAGAGAGUAAGAGUGUGUGUGUGUGUGUGAGAGAGUAAGUGUGUGUGUGUGUGAGAGACAGUGUGUGUGAGUAAGUGUGUGUGUGUGUGUGAGAGAGAGAGAGUGUGUGUGUGAGUAAGUGUGUGUGAGAGAGUAAGAGUGUGUGUGAGAGAGAGUGUGAGUGUGUGUGAGAGAGAGAGAGUAAGUGUGUGUGUAUUUUUUAUUCUUUUUUUUAAGUGAGCCAAAAGAACCGGAUGUUGUCGUUUCCCGUUGCGAUGCCUGUUUUUAAAAGUCCUCCCAGGUUUCAUCAUUCAAACAGCUCUUGGCUUGUGUGUUGAAUGUUUUUGCGUAUAAAAAACAUGAUAAAAAGA